AAAUCAGCCCUCUUUGAAAAUGGAAACGCUAAGUGAAGGAGUGUGAUCCUGCUUUUUCUCUUACUCAUAGUAAUAAAACGACAGAAGAAAUGGAAAUAGCGGUGAUCAUCCUGAUGGCCAUGUCAGGUUUGACCAAAGGAGCUGGUGUGCUGCCAGAUAGUCCUCUGAACGCAGCUGUGGGAGAGACAGUGAUGUUCAGCACAACUCUGACUCCACCAGAAACACCAUUUCUAACUGUGAGGUGGAGAUUUGGUGAGAAGGUAAUACUUGAUUACAAUACCACUAGUGGCAACAUCCCUCAUCCGGAGUACGAGGGCAGGAUCACUCUCUUCAUAUCUACUGGAUCUCUGGAGCUCAGGAACGUGACUCCUAAUGACAGUGGACAGUACAUCGUUAUCAUCAUUACAGGUGCAGGACAAAUACAGGAUGGGAACACAGAACUGGGCGUACAUGAGAGAAUAUCAGGUGCUUCUGUCACAUCAGAAACAAACCUGUCGAUUGAGGGGAACUCUUUCAAAUUGUCAUGUGACGCUGGUGGCUCGAUGAUCUCCAGAGAGUGGAAGAAGGACGGCGUGAAGCUGACUCCAGAUGACCACCUGUCACUUCAGGAGAACAACAGAGUGCUGACUUUCAACAGUCUCAGUAGAAAAGACACCGGAGUUUAUUUAUGUAACGUCACCAACCCUGUGAGCCAAGAAGAAGCUGAAUACAAGAUGGUUGUUUACUAUGGACCAGAAAAUGUUCAAAUCAAAGGUCCAAGUGACAUUGAUUUGAAAACGACCUUAACAUUAACUUGCUCUGCUGAGUCCGUACCUGCUAGUUACACCUGGAUGCUGAACUCGACAAAGAUACACAAUUCUGCCGUUUACACUAAAGACAACACUGAACCGUCUGAUGGCGGCAACUACAUCUGUGAAGUGAAAAAUUUUGUGACUGGGAGAACAUCGUCAGCGCUCCAUGGAUUGUCUGUCACCGGGCUGCCUGGUCUGUCAGGUACCAAGAUGUUGCUGAUUUUGUUGAUGCAUUUGAUUAUUGAAGUGACUCAUAGGGUUUCUCGUCUCAUCAUCUUAAGUGCAGUCGGCUUCCUCAAGGUGUUUCCUACUGUCCACACAUGCUGGUAGCAGCUCAUGUAGCAUCACCACACCAGCCUCACGCAGAUAUGAGGAGCACUUUACUGACGUGUGGUAACCUUCUCCUCACCCCUCACUCCAAGAUGUUGAUUUUCAUUUUCCAACUUGUUAUCUUGUUACUUUUGUCAUCCUGAUAAACAGACACUUUUUAAUCGAUCGAAGAGGGCCAGGCACUCUGAACCAAUCGGUUCUC